CGAGUAAUCGGCCACGUACGCAUAAAAAAUCUACUGGACUAAAAUAGAAGAAAGCAUACAAAUCGGGCCCAUUUUAAAAGCCCAACUUCCCAAGUCUUUGGAGUGCGUGAGCCUUCAUCCAUGGCGCUUCGCUUCGCGGCAAGGAAAACUUCAUCGGCGCCGGCGUUUUUAACCAGAUCAGCGGCACCUGGCAGAAGACAGGCGUCUUCUUCAUCUUCACCUCAAUUUUCUCCCAAAUCCACUAAGAAAGUCUCGGACGAUCGUCUCGCUUCCGUGAUUGACGCCGUCAAUGAUCGCAAACUCCCGCCGGAGCUCCGCGGACAGCGCAACAACGUCAGAUCAGAGACUGAUAUAAUAAAUGUGGUGGAGCAACGAGUGUGGCAUGCCAUGGAAGAGGGUCAGUUCGAAAACUUGCCCGGGAAGGGAAAGCCUCUGGACCUCGAUACUAACCCCCAUGCCGACCCCGCUGAAGACACCUUAUACAGGAUUCUUAACCAAAAUGGAUGCGCUCCAGAAUGGGUUGAACUUAACAAAGAGAUAAGAAAUAGCAUUGCUGGCUGGCGCAUAGCGCUCGGGAGAGCGUGGACGUGUAAGGAUGGACUCGAUGAUUCCAAAUGGCUCGAGGCUUCAGAAGCAUUGAAGCUUCAACUCCGUGAUCUAAACAACAAGGUGUUCCGUUACAACCUUAUUGUUCCAUUUGGCCGCCAAAUGUUCGGAUUCAAGUGGGAAAGAGAAAUAGAUCGACUGAAGGAAGAAACUCAGAUUGAGAAUUGAUUUGAAAAAUCAGCAGAAGCAACAACCAACAGAACUAGAAAAUCAUGCCAAUUCAAAAACGAAAAUCAUACAACUCAUUUUCUAGAACGACCAACCUCGAGAUCGUUCGACUUUUUUCUUUCUUUCGUAGAAUGAAAUAAAGAUGAACAAAGAGUUGAUGGGCACGAAGUAUGGCUUUUGGUGAAGUAUAACAUCCAGUUACAGGCUAAAAGGUAGAGGGAUUCGAGAGAAUUCAUGGGAGAUUUUCGGUUAAACGCUAAAACAAUGAGACAUAACUAUGCAUAGAGUGGGACAUUUCUUCCGAAGAAUAAAACGUUUGGUAAGUACUUUUUAUAAUUACUAGAGUGAGACAUUUUUUAAUAAUACAUUAAUACGAUGAUACAACAUCAAUGAUUUAUUUGAUAAUUAUCAAUUACUUUAUACACUGCAUCUGCAAUUAAUCCCUAAUCCUCAUACAUCUUUAGAUAGAACACUUACUUUUACUUAUAUAAUGGUUUUAGAUAGAACACUUACUUUUACUUAUAUGUUGCUUUGUUACGUUUUAUUAUUGUUUAUAUUUUGAACUGCUUAUGUAUUACCCGACAAUUUUGACUAUGGGUAUUUCUUGUGUAAAUCUUAACCGUAUUGUUUACUCCCUUCGUCAAGUAUAUGCUGUUAAAAACUAAAUAUACACCAAAAAAUAGUAAAUUUACUCCUUUUCAUUAUUAAUCAUGUCUAAAAAGUUUCAUUUUAAAAUAUCAUUUUGUUAAGUAGUAUAAAAUUAUGAAAUAGGAGACAUAUUUGACAUAGAGGAAUCAUGCUCAUACCAAAAAGCAAAGUUGUGGAGUGAUGAAUAAUUUUGAGAUCUAUAAUUGGAGAUAUGCUAUUGGCAUAUCCCUUGAAGAUACUACAAAAUGCCACACUAUAUUUUCACUUUAUAUUUUUUGUUCCCUAUUUUUUUGCCUUUAACCAAAAGUGAUCACAAACUCCAAGUUAAGUCACCUCAUUCUUUAUUGCCCUCAUGACUACCAACAUAUGUUCUCUAUCUAAAUUCCAAACCAUUCUUCUUCCUCACUCCCUCUUACUCUUGCCACCAUAACUCAAGAGCCAGCUUCCGAGUACGCGCUGGCCGCCUCGGCGGCGGCGCUGGGGCGGCGGAGGUGGUUGAUUGCACCCACCUGCAUGGAUGGAUGGAUCCAAAAUAUGGUGUGCUUCUUGCUAUAUAUAUGUAGGGCAACUUCUAUCCUUUGGCAUUCUGUAUAUGCUAGCCUUACCCUUUGAUGGUAGGCUUCAUGUUCUUGGUUUAAUGUUUGAAUAAAUGUAUUGUUUGACCUUUGUGUUACCUAAAAUAAAGAUUUUUUUUUCUUCGGA